UAUUGGAAAGAUGAUUUCUUGCAAUGGAAUCCAAGUGAUUAUGAUGGUGCUACCGAAAUUUUCCUUUCUUCAAAUGAUAUUUGGAUUCCAGAAUUUUCCCUUUAUUACAGCCAUCAUUUUAAUCAAGCAGUAAAAUUAUUGAGCAAUAAUGAUGUCCGUGUUAAUUAUACCGGAAAUGUUCGCUAUUAUUUGCCUUAUUCAACCGAAUCAUUAUGCAAAUUGGAUGUUAAAUUUUUCCCAUUUGAUAUUCAACAAUGCACCUUAUUGUUUGGUUCCUGGGCACACUCUAAUGAUUCGAUCAAAUAUGCUUUGUAUUCCGAUCAUCUCAGUUUGAUCGAUUUUUAUGACAAUCAAGAAUGGCAACUUGAUUCGAGUCAUAGUAAUAUCAUAUCCGAUAGUUUUCUCUAUGAUUACUUGGAUCCACCAUUAUUCUGGGAAAUGAUUAUUAUGGAUCUUGUAUUAAUUCGACAAAGUUUUUAUUAUGUAUUUAACUUAGUUAUACCGAGCACAAUAAUCACAUUAGUAGCUGUAAUUGGAUUUCAUACGCCGAGUACAAGCGGUAAAAUGAGGGAUGCAAAAUUUCGACUUGGUAUAAUGACAUUAAUGAGUAUGAGUGUCAUAUUACUUGCAAUUGUUGAAGAUAUGCCAAAAUUUAGUAUGUCAAGUUCACGUAAAGGACGUGGUUCAUUUUCUGGUAUUCCAUUAAUUGGUUUAUAUUAUUUUAUUUUAUUGGCAAUAAUUGGCUCUUCAACAGUUACCACAUCAAUGUUUGUUUUUUUGGAGAAAGAUUUAAGACGUAGUAAUCAUAUACCAUGGUAUUUACAUUGGCUUUCAUUUGAUAUAAAUAUACGACUUUUACGUCCUGUUCCUUCGAAUGAUAUCAAUAAACGACUUAUUGUACGUAAUGAUUCAGCAAGGCUUUCUCCACCAGCUGUACUCAGGGGGCGAUUUGCUAUGACACCCAAUUUGAUGACAGAUUACGAUGACAUCGAACAGGUAUGCAAUCAGUCAUGGGAAUAUUUGAUCGAUACAAUAAGAAAUAUCGAAACAUCCGUUAAUGCAAUACGUGCGGAAAUGAUGAAUCUUUUGCCACAAGACAAUUUGCAAACCAGAUGGCAACGAGUGAUUCGACGUCUUGAAAUAAUUUCACUCUCAUUUUAUGUUUUAUUAAUUGCUGUAACUGUAUUUCUUUUCUUUUAUCAUGAUUGGUAUUGUGCAAUUGGACAUAGCCCAUGUGGCCAAGCUAAUCUUAAGUGCCCAUGGAUGAAAACUACGCCAACACAUCAGACAUGUUUUUGA